GUUUAUUUGUACACAGAUAUAUACUGAUGGUUUUAUAGUAAUUUCCACCUGUAUGUGUGUAUAAGGACUAUCAAGGCUUGGAGUAAAUAUAAUAUACCCUGGUAUUAAUGGUCAGUGACAUCUUAAGUCAUAAACAGCGGGAGGUGAUUAGGGUACAGUGAUAUAAUAAUACCACAGGAUGUCGACGGACUAGCUAGAACAUUAGUUGUUCGUGCUACUUAUAUAUAGUAGAGGGUCAUGUGAGGAAACUGUUGAAGUACUGACAAACCAUAAAACAGUUAUUUUAGAUGUGGUGUACCUGGAAAGUCUGUCAGGAAAAUAUUUACUGAUAUAACAAUAGGAUUUGGAAUUAAUCGGAAGUAGAUUUAGAAAGAAAAAAAUAAUAUGAAAGGUGUCACUAAUUUAAAGUAAAGACAUUUGAUCGGUGGGAAGUUAUUUACGUGCCAAACAGGGUACAAAAAUACAUUGGUGUGGGCUAAAGGUGUAACAAAUCGGGAUAGUUCUUAAUUUUCACUGUCAGCCAUUCAAAUGACGGUUUGUACAGCGAUAAAAUUUACCAUAUCUUAUAAAACUCUAAAUUUCAGUUAUAAGAAUCUAGUUUGAUAUUUUUAUCUGGAGAAUACAUUUUUUUUGUGGUAAGACAUCUGAUCGUUAGGUACAUAGGAUAUUGACCAGAGUAUAUAACAUGUGUGUGUGAUGCCAAAUCAUUAACUGUUUCCCAAGGGAAGAUUUCCUGGAGAGAGAAAAAAAAGGAAAUUAAUAAUCCAGUGUGCUAUUUGGAACAGGAUAUAUGUUAUAUAUAAUUUUCUCUGAGUGUUCACUCCUGGAUUCUUACAUGUCACAGAAUAUAGCUGAACAAGGAUCAAGUUUUCUUGGGAAGAUACAGAUGAUGGAGACAGAUGGACAGGACGAGAUUCAAGGCUUGAUACAUGUCCCUGAGGAUUCAAACAUCAUCACCUUUCCUCCGGUGCCCGAUCCGUUGUCACAAGCUAUGACGGAAAGCCAAACGGAACAGCCAGCCGGAGAGUCCAGACCGAUGCAGAUUUCUCAGGAGCCUGCCAAUAUGGCGGCGAAGCAAGAGUGUGCAGGCUGUAAGAAGGAGAUUGGAGAUCGCUUCAUGCUGAAGGCUCUCGAACAGUUCUGGCACGAGGACUGCCUGAAAUGUUCUUGUUGUGACUGUCGACUGGGCGAGGUGGGAUCCACUCUCUUCACAAAGGCGAACCUUCUCUUAUGUCGCAGAGAUUAUCUCAGAUUAUUCGGUACAACAGGCUAUUGUUCCGCAUGUUCCAAAAUGAUCCCAGCGUUUGAGAUGGUCAUGAGGGCUAAAAGUAACGUCUAUCAUCUUGAGUGCUUUGCCUGCCAACAAUGCAAUCACAGGUUCUGUGUGGGAGACAAGUUCUACCUGUGUGAAAACAAGAUACUGUGUGAAUAUGACUAUGAAGAACGAAUGUUAUUUGCAAAUAUGUCUUAUAACUACAGUGCUCUGUCACAGAUAAAGAGACAGACGCAGAGCCUCAGUGACGAUCUCUCCAGCGGUUAUGGCAGCCCCAGUCCCAGUUCCCUGUAAACUACCCCUCAUACCGUUCUAUUUUGUUGUGGUAUGGACCAUGUACAGUAUUCCUAUCAGGUACACAACUUUUUUGAUGCCAUGAAAGUGAAGGGUUGCCAUGGAGACUCCAUUGUUGCUAAGGAUGUGAUGUGGAUGGACGGAAGGAUGGAUGACCUGGCAGUCUGGGUCAAACCUGUACCGGGAGAUCUGGAUUUGUUGCGAAUUUGGCUCGGUUGUUAAAAACCAUUUCACGAGUUGGUUCAGAAAGUGAUGAUCUUUGUAACCAUGGUGAUGAGUUGUUUCCAUGACAACAGAUCUAUGGAUGGAGCUAUCACCUGGUUGUCACGGAGAUGAACUGUUUUCAUGGUGCCAUAACUUUGGGAAGAGAGACACCUGGCUACCGUGACUUGGUACAGAACAGAAGUGUAGUUUCCAUGGAAAUGACUUGGUUUCCAUGGAACAGAUCCACAUCCUCUGGAGGAGAGUCCCAGGAUGAAAGCAUUCCAAACUUUUGUGUGAGUGUGCGGAUAUGUAUGUGAUAUCUUUUUUAUUUUAUUUUUUUCAAUGCACUAUUUCCGGUUCAUUCUUGUUGAAAAUGUUGUACUCGGAUGUCAAUCAAAAAAUAUAUCAGCUGUGAUUGGUUGUUUUUUUGUCAUAUGUUGAGUUCACUGAAGGAUUUAAACAUUCAGGGGAAUACUGUAUUCAGAUACAGUUUCAAUGAACAAUAACACUGUGUUCAAAUUCACAUUUACAUCAAAUUAUUUGUUAUUUAUUAUAGAAAUACU